CCGCACGCUGUCCGUCACAGUUAAAUAUAGACCGAGAUGUCGACUAAAGGGGAGUAUGACUGCAUAGUGAUCGGGGCCGGCGUUCAGGGCUCUUUCACGGCCUAUCAGCUGGCAAAACAAAACCGGAAGACUCUUCUGCUGGAGCAGUUCGUCCUGCCCCACACCCGAGGGAGCUCCCAUGGCCAGACCCGCAUCAUCCGCAAGGCCUACGAGCAGGACUUCUACGUCCACAUGAUGGAGGAGUGCUACGAGCUGUGGACUCAGCUGGAGAGGGAGGCAGGUGUCAAGCUGUACAGACAAACAGGACUGUUGGUGAUGGGACCAGAGAAGAGUCAGAGUUACCAGACGGUGAAGAACACCCUGCAGAGGAACAAGGUUCCUAUGGUGGUCCUGACCCGUGACAACUUCAGCCAGCACAUCCCCCAUGUCAAUCUGGUUGAGGGAGACGGAGCAGUGGUGGACAUAAAUGCUGGAGUUCUGUAUGCUGAUCGUGUACUCAAGACUGUACAGGGGCAGUUUCAGAAGUUGGGAGGGAUCAUAAGAGACCAAGAGAAGGUAAUGGACAUCAAGCCUGGCCCUGUUGUGACAGUGUCAACCUCUGCUGGUGUUUAUCGAGCCAAGAGUGUGGUGAUCACUGCUGGACCCUGGACUAAUAGACUCCUGGCCCACGCUGGUUUACAGCUUCCACUACAGGUAGUCAAGAUCAAUGUGUGCUACUGGAAGGAGAAGGUUCCUGGAUCAUACGAUGUGAAGCGACGCUUUCCCUGCUUCAUACUGACUGAGGGUGAGGAGUCCAAAGAACACAUCUAUGGUCUCCCAUCCAACGAGUACCCGGGCCUGGUGAAGAUAUGCCUCCAUACUGGCAGCGAGACAGACCCAGACCAGAGAGACAGGCAGACUGACAGGUCUGAUAUCGACAUCCUCCAGCGCUACGUCGCCCGCUGUUUACCUGGCCUGAGCCCUGAACCUGCAGUGGUGGAGAGCUGCAUGUAUACGCUAACUCCUGACCAUCACUUUGUGCUGGACUGCCACCCCACCUACAGCAACAUUGUGAUUGGAGCAGGAUUCUCAGGUCAUGGCUUCAAGUUUGGACCAAUCAUUGGCAAGCUUCUGUGUGAACUGAGCCUGGGACAAGUGCCCUCCUAUGACCUUUCACCUUUCCGAGUCCAACGCUUCCAGGCAAAGACCAAAUCAUCUUUGUAGAGCUGAUACUGGAGCAUCAAACAUAUCAUCAAGAGGUUUUAUCUAAUUGUAACUAAUGUAUGAUUUUAGAUGGUCGUGGUAAUUUAGCACUAAGUUCUCAAACACAAUCCCACAAUGAAGAUAUGUUUUUAUCUGCUGUUUGAUUUGAUUUAGACAGUUUAUGUUGCCUGUUCCACAUGGUCAGCAUAUUGAAAUGUUUUUUUGUCGCUUUCACCAGAUCUGUGCCUCGACACAAUCCUGCCUCUGAGCUCAGCAGUCAGUCCCUUCUACCUCAGGGCUGGGUUUUUGCUGUGAUAUGCAUUGUAAGCUGUGCGACUUUAUGUAGAAGAGUGUGUGCCUUUCUAAAUCAUAACCAAUCAUGAAUUUAGCACAGGUGGACUCCAAUCAAGGUGUAGAAACAACCCAUGGAUGAUCAAGAUAAAAUGGGAGGCGACUGAUCUGAAUUUGAAGUUUCAUAGUCUGAAUUUAAACAAUGUUAGCAUAAAGCUAGAACAUAACAAAACGUAAAAAAGUGGUGUGAAUACUCUCUAAAUACACUGUUAAAUAAUCAGUUUCCAAAACGGAGUUUUUGACUCUAAAUUUCACUCAUUCACAGAAAUUAUUUUAGUAAAAAUCUGUGCCAUUUCUACAGUGCCUUCCCUUUCUUGUGGUACACAUACAGAAUUACUUAAGUGGACACCUAUUCUUAGCUCUACAGAGCUUACAUAUCAAGUAUUCACUACUGACAAUAUGAUUUUAAUACUACGCAGUUCACAAGGGGAUGGUCCAGAGUGCUGUAUGACAUUGAACUCAGUAACUCACAUUAUACAGAAAUGUAUGAAAUUAAAAAAAAUGAAAGAAGAAACAACCUGUAGAAUAAGAAGUCCAUCUGUCCUCCAAAGCAACAAGAACUUUAUGUAACUUACCGACAGAGAGCUAACAGGGCCUUAAUUCUGACCAGAGAAACAUCUACAACAAGAAUCUAACACUGGCGUGCAAUUGUAAAAUCACCCAACUGUGAC